CUCGAGCGCUGGUGAUAUCAUGGCUUAUAGUGCCUCUUUUCGUUUACUUUACUUUGUAUUUUCAGCUAUUGCUUUUGUGUGCCUCGUAGAUGGAGAGAAGUGUAAAACUCUCGAAGGAAAGUGGUACAAUCAACUGGGCUCAGAAGUUUACCUAGAGCAUGAUACCAAUGGUACCCUCUAUGGGGAGUACAGAACUGCGGUUGAGAGACGCAAUGGCUCUGCCGGAGUGGAUCACUCUAUUGUGUUAGGUAAAGUACUCCUCGCAUUUUGAUUGAGAGGUAUUGAUGUGUACGCUAGGGUGAGUUUAUGUGCAAUAUUUCGACAUGGCGUUUGCUUUCCUAGAAGAUGCUCUAAAAAUAUAUUUAUGUACUUCUCGACAAGAUUAAGUUGAUUAUUUACAUAUAUAUUAGACACUAUUUCUUAGUAAGUUCAACAAUGUGGUUAUUCACACUCAUGAUAAGCUGAAUGUAUGACGUAACAUUCCGUGUCCGUUUCACAUGAUUGAUCAGGUGCAAAGUUCGUCUAGAAAUGAGUCAAGACGAUAGCUCUUUGGGGCACCAGACUGAUUGAAUUAUGAAAAUUUUAUAAUCUUUGUUUUUUUAACUUUCAUUCGGACAGGCUUUCUUUACUUCUUAUUAAGGCAAAAUUCUGGUCAUGUCCAUACACGACAAACAUGCUUCAGGCACAUUUGUUUCAAAUGUUUAGAUGCAAUAUAUGUGAUAAAUCGUCGUUUGAAUGUUUCCCAGAGAGCAAUUUGUGAGGAAAUCAAGUGAAGUCAAAAUGAUUUGGCAAGAUUUCUGUAAAAUCCCAUACUUCAUUAUGCACACAGGGCUUGUAUAAAAGAAGACAAUGAAUUGCAAAACAAUAGAUUACCUUUAGGACCACAUCUUUGUUUUAGAGUAGUCUGGGGGUUAAGGGGUUAGAAGGAAAUAUUUCCAGUGAAUAACACUAUGGGGCAUCUAACUAUUGUUUUAUACAGAAUGAAAGUGCUAAUUUUUGUUAUAUUUAAAAUUGAGUAGCUUCUAAUUUUGAAUCUCGAUAUUUUAGAAAAAUUGCAGGUCAUUGUUUCAUGAUAUCCUUGUUCUUUGCUUUGUCUUGAAAAUAAUCAAGUUAUUUAUUAAUAACAUGUGAUUCAUUAACAUAGAUAUGAUCUUCAUAAGUCCUUGUGAUGUAUUAUAAACAAUUCACUCCCCAGUCACAUGUUAAGUCAGAAGCCAAAAGUGAAAAGAAAAAGACUAACCAUGUGAAAUGCAUGUGAAACAUACAUGUAUGUGAAAACCCAUGUGCAAAUUUUUUUUUCUGUUAUUCCUAGUAAUUUUAUUUUGCGUCACUUAAAAAUGCAUAUUCAUCUGUUGUUUGACACUAGUCCACCUCAGAGUGAAUUUCACAAGUGUGUAAAAAUGUUCAUCCCUUGAAUUAAAAAAAACCCCAUAAAAACAUGUGUAAAAUGUUCUUUUUUUGUUAUAAUGUAUUUAAUUGAGUUUGGUUUGUGUAUACAAUGUAGACUACUUGCAGGUUUAUGCCAUUACUGUUAUCAAUUUUUAUUUUUAUCUAUUGAAUGUAUUGUAUAAAAGUCUCUAUACACAUAAUUUGACAUAAAUGAAAGAGAUUAUAUUAGAAGCAAAAACAAUAAAAACAAAACAAGCUUUUAAGUGAAAUAAUAAUAAAAUUGUGACAAGGCAGUCAAAUAAUUACUUAUUGGUAUAAAUAAUGAGAGCAGUACACAUACAUGUAAUGAAUGUAUGCCUUGUUAUUUCAGUUUUUUAAAUGAAAAUGUACCAAUUGAGGUAAAGAAGCCUUGAUAUCCAAAUUUGUCAUGAAACAUCCCAUGAAUGCCAUAACCCAUAGGCACCCUACAGAAAAAAAAAAGUACCUGCCCAUCCUGUGUGAGGCUGUCACCUAUGAUUUAUUAAUUUAGGUCUUAUUUCAGUUUGGAAUGAUAUCUUGGAGAGUUUUGCUCAGUUGAAAUUAUUUUAUAAAUGAAUUUUGGUGUUCUUUGUUUUAUUUUGUUUUACCAGAUAAUAUUUGUACAUUUUGUUCAUUAGUCAGUAAGCUUUACAGUUGUACUUGGUUUAAACUUACUGCACCUGCAACUGACUAUACCCCCCUUUCUAUUCAUUUACUGAAGAAAAACAUUGUAACCUCCACUUUGUGAUGUUGGUAGAAUUCUUGAAAUGUUGUCUUCCCAAAUUCUACAUCAUUGUUUAGAUCAAUAAAGAGAUAAAAAGGACAGUAUUUUUCUAAUUGACAUAGGACUGAGAAGUGCAGGUACAAACUCUCCAAAUUAGUUUGGUGGGUUACAAUUAUACUCAGUUUUGUAUUUUGGUAAAUGUUUGUCUUUCCAAAGAAAGAUGACAGAAAAUGACUUGCCUACUACUCAUGUCUGUUUGGCCAAUAAAUUAUGGCAGGGAUGAUUGUUUUUUGUUUUGUUUUGUUUUUUUUCCUAGGAAGCUACUGUGAAAUUAUUUAAACUUAAAAUUGUAGGAAAUCCAAAGACACGAAAACCAAGAUACAUACCUCUGUUACUUUCCAAUGUUUAUUAAAUCUCUGUGAAUGAUAUCAAAUACUAUUUAAUCUAUUCCAUUUCUGUUAUAGGAAAUAAAGCAUGAUUGGUUUUAGGUGUAUGGAAAGUAAGGUUAAUAUUUUCUCUUUUAUUGUCAUAGGUUCUGCACCAUAUAACUUCCCUGGUGCAGUCUUUGCUUUUUCAGUGGUCUGGCGAACUGGCAUCUCAACAACAGUGUGGACUGGUCAAUGUUUAGUCCGUGAGGAUGGCCAGGAGACUCUCCUCACAUCAUGGCUACUACGUUCCAGUGUUGAUACCUGUAUAGACAAGUGGAAAUCAACUAUGAUUGGUCGUGACACAUUCACCAGAUAUGAGCAGCUUUCUGGUCCUCGGAAACCUGAUGAAGGAAAAACAGAAGUAUCAACAAAAAUUGAUAAAAUAAUCCAUAAUUUUGGCCCUGAUGUCAAAAACCAAUUGUGUAAUUUGAAUGGAAACUGGUAUAACACCCUGGGCUCUGAGAUGAUUCUCAAACAGAGAGCAGAUAAUGUAAUUGAAGGGGAAUAUCGCACAGCUGUUGAGAGAGAAACAGGUGCAGCAGGUAACAGCCAUUCUAAGGUGUUUGGAAUUGGACAGCUUGGUAGCUCAAGCAGCACAUUUUCCUUCUUUGUGGUAUGGAAGAAUGGUAGUUCUGUCACUGGAUGGGUGGGACAGUGCCACAUUUGUGGUGAAAAUAAAACAGAGAUCAUUGAAAGUACCUGGCUACUGAGGAAACGGGUGGAAAAGGUGGAAGACAACUGGAGUUCAACUUGGUACAGUGAAGAUAGCUUUACUCGCACUGAGACUACACCAGGACCUAGGAAAAAGGACAACACACAUACACCAGACGGGAGUGUAGAUGAAUCUCCAAAGACUUGUGAUGGGUGUCAUCCUCUGUUUUCUUUUGUCCUUUUGGGCUUGAGUGUGCUAGUGUCUUUAUUGUUGUAAACAAUCCAGCUGACCUACAAGUGAUAUAUACUAUGCUGAUUUUUAAAGUGGUCUCAGUUUUGUUUCAAUAGUUAGGGUUUUAAAUUUCCCCUCUGCUUCAUGGAAAUGUCCAAAAUUGUAGUAUCUUGGUUGUUUUAAUAACAAAUGAAUGAAAACAAUGCAGGUAUACAUACUCAGAGACAGAUAGGGCUAGCCAUAUAACAUGGUGAGAUCAUGUUAUUUUGGGUGCAAUUUACAGAAGUGAAACACCAGUCAAUAUAAUUUCCAGCAUUUCCCUAUCAAGUAACAGUUUUUUUCUUUAUAUGUAUUUUUUAACUGUCCAGUCAAAGAUCCGAACGGCUUGUUAUCAAUAAUCAUUGUAACAACUUUGAUGUAAUAUUUUUGUACAUUAAUUAAUAUGUUACUUUUGAUUCAAGCCCUGGUUAACUGUGUAUGUUUUCUCUUGUGCCAAACAGAACUCUGUGUUCCUCUUUGGGUUAUUCUUGUUGGGGUCAAGAAUACAAAAUUUGCCCUCACAGGAAAAUAGUAAUUAUUGUAAUUCUUGUCAUCAAUAAUUGAUAGAACUUAAUGAUUAACUUUUUGGUGAAAAUGUAUUUUGUUCUAGUUUGCAAAAUUCAAGCCAGGAAAAGCAUGCGGCAAGUAUUACUAGUGUUGUGGUGUUAAGGAAAAGUUGUGCCUAAAAAUUUUUCUUUUUGCUGAUUUUACUCUUACUAUGGAGUACUUUGUGGCAAUUUAGUAGUUAUUUUAUACUGACUUUUAACUUUGAUUUCUUUCAAUCAACUUGAGGAUAUAUUUUUGAUAAAUUACAUGUGUGUUCUAUUUUGUCAUACAGCACAUCAGUAAUCAUUGUACAACUGCUCAAGUAACAACCAAUUAUAUUUUUCAAACUUUUUUAUACAUCUUGGUAUCAGUCGAGGAAGUCUGUUAUUUGAAAAACACUGUACUCAGUGUUUUUCUUUUACAAUACAGAUAUCAUAUCUUUUUAAUGGAUGAUAUUUAAUUCCGCAUAAUGGCAGUUGGUGAAAAAAAACUGUUUUGUAUUUAAUUACCUAUGACGUCACACAAUCUUAUGUCUAACAGAAUAUGUAAUGCACAUGUCCUAUUUAACCAUGUUAACAUGGGUCAAAUUCAAAUGAAUGUGAAUGAGUAUGUCUUUCCAAAGAGUUAUUAAUUUUCUGUCAUUUACAUUGUAUUUGAUCAAUAUUUAAAGAAUAUUCACCUUUGUAAACCAGUCAGCAAAGCUGGUUAGGAGUAUGCUUUUAGAGUGCUAUCAUGUGAUGAGAAUGCGAGAAUUGUUUUAUUCAUAAAGUGUACGCUUGAGUAAAAUUUAGGGUAGCUGUCUAAUUUUAAUCAUGAGGCAGUCAGGAUUUUAAAUAUUGUGUUCGAAAUGUUUUGCUCGAUGUGUUGCAAAUUGAGUGAUAAGUUAUUUCCUGUUGUCAGCUGUAAAAAAUAGGUACAGAAUAAAUCAAAAAUGAGUAUGGAU